AUGUCUAGAGGGCAGCAGGAGAGUGGUCACGAUGCUCCACAAGUAGAUACCGCCAAGUUGGAUUCUCACAAGCACGUUGUUUCGGACGGAAGCAAUCUACCAGAAGUUUAUCAACAUAGCUAUCCUGAGGUGACUCCGGAAAGCUUCCCGGAACACAUCGACACAUCAUCACCAGAGGUCGUACCUCCAUCUAUACGGGACCAGAAAGAAAUCGCAGGCACCUCCACAGAGCGGACGAUCUGCGGUCUUCGGAGAAAGACGUUCUGGAUAGUAUUAGCCGUCGUACUCCUCGUCAUCAUCAUAGCAGCCGCAGUCGGAGGCGGAGUGGGAGGAGCCAUGGCCACGAAGAAGUCCAACAACACGAACGAUAGUACAUCUGGCGACUCGAAAUCCUCGUCGUCAUCCGGCGACGACGAUUCGUCCUCAUCCUCAUCACCAUCCUCAUCCUCCCACUCCCUCCUCCCCACCACCCGCCUCGCCUCCAUCAACUACACCGACGCCGACGGCACCGAAAACCACCACGUCUACUACCAGCUCACCAACAAGCACAUCUACGGCUCCGCCUGGAACUCAUCCGCACCGACAACCUGGCGCACCUUCGCCGUCAGCACCGAGGCCUCCAACAUCCGCAACAACACGCCGCUGUCCGCCUCCAUCUACUGGUGGUCAUCCUCGCGCCGCGACUUCCGUGUCUACUGGCUCGCGCCGGACAACACCGUCGUCGGCGUUAUAUCGAGUAACGAGCCGUUCGGCCCCUACUCGACCAGCAGCAUCACGGACGAAAACUUCGUCGCGGGGACGAACUCAAGCAUCGCGUCGUACGGCCGCGCGUGCGCGGACUGCGCGAACACGAACCUCGUGCUGUUCCAGGACAGCAGUGAUGCGGUGCAGGUCGUGCUGCGGAAUCAGGGGUGGAAGAAGACGGCGAUAGCGGAGAGCGCGACGGGCGGCGCGGUGGUGAAUGGUAGCGAUAUCGUGGUCGGUGGCGUGUGGUCGGAGAGUGCGACCAAGUAUGUGAGCUUGUAUGUUGCGGGCGGGGAGAGCGGGAAUGCGACGCGCUUGCUGUGGGAUGGGAGUGAUUGGUUGAGCGAUGCGGAGCUCGGCGCGGGCGUGCUGCCGGUUGAGGUGGAUGCGGGUGCGCCGAGGCUGGCGGCGUUUGAGGUGGGGUACAAUGAUACGGAGAGCUUUGCCGCGCGCGUUGUGAGUACGGCUGGGGGCGGUGGUGUUGAGGUGGCGGCGUGGGACGGGGAUGCGGAUGCGGAGUGGGCGCGAAAUACAGUUGAGACGAGUAGCAGUGGCGGCACUGGAUUGGAGAUGAUUGCCGCCGGGUCGUCGUUGGCGGCGAAUCAGGCGGGGCGGGUGUAUGGUCUCGUGGCUAAUGGGAGCUUGGGUGAGUGGGCGUGGAGCAAGGCGGAUGGGUUUUCGUUUGCUAGAUGGGUUGAUACCACAGUUGAGUGA